AUGGAUUACCAGGGCAAAACAAUUUUUAUUCUACAGCAUGGACAGCUAGCAGAAAGCGUUCAUCCCCGAUUUCGCCCAGAAUAUCCGAUCCGAGGUGAUCCAGCAUUAACUGAGCUAGGCAUCCUUCAAUCUGAUAGAUCAUCACAAUUAUUAUCCCAUCUUAUCCCUGCAGGAAAAUCAGUGAAAAUUAUUACAUCACCUUAUCUGGCCUGCAUUCAAACUGCAAUCCCAUUAUCCUCACAAUUUAAUAAGCCUUUAAUUAUAGACUGAGGAUUUGGAGAUUUUUUAAACCCAAUUCACUUUUCAUCAGCACCAACAGAGCUCACUUAUGCUACAGAAUGGUUCUCAAGUAAAUUUAAUGUGCAAUAUACAGAAAGUCUAACUCCAAAGCCAACUUUCCCAGAAACUUACGAAGUAAUGGAAUCAAGAACAAAUUCUAUAGGGUUUUCCCUAUAUGGCCCGAUAAGGGCCAUGGGUUCUCAGUGAAAUCCCUCUGCUGGUUGAAUCAGCCAGUGAAUUGGUCAAACCAACAAAGGGAUUCUACGGAGAACCCACGGCUCUUAUCAGGCCAUAUAGGGAAAACCCCUAUAGCUUUAUUAACCAUAUAAAUUCUUUAGAAGAAGACGUGAUCAUAAUAGUUACUCACUUUUUUGGACUAGAAGCAAUAACAGGAUUCAUGAAAAAUACGACUUUUCGGAUAGUUCAUGAAGGGCAUUGCGCAAUAACCAUUUCAGAACUAAAAGACGGAAAAUACACAGUUAGAGUUGCAGCAGACUACAGCCAUGCUCCACAAUAUAUAAAAAAUAAUUAA